UUCCCAAAAAAAAAAAAAAAAAAAGCUUUUUGGUGGUGGGUGAUGAUAUGUCGGCUGUUGGAAAUCGAGGGUUUGUCCUGCUUCAACUAUCAUCGCGGUUUCUCCACUGAUCGCUCUACAAAUCUUCCUUCGUAUUUAAUUUCAGCUGGUUUAUGCUUCCUCAUGGAUUUGCUAAGUUGUUUUUGAGGAAGAAAUUAAGCCGUGUUGGGUUGAAUUGCAGUGGUGUUGGUUGAUUCGGUGGGAUCGAGACUCGGUAGUUUUGAGGUAGAACUUUAGAGGUUAGGAAUUAGGAAUUUAGGAUUAUAUUCGAUGGCGUCUCCUCCAUUUCGGUUGGAGGAUCAGACGGAUGAGGACUUCUUCGAUAAACUCGUUGAUGAUGGGAUCGCGGUUACAGAAUCUGGCUCUGGUUUGGCUGAUGGUGAGGACUAUAAUGAGGUAAAAGCAUUAUCAAACCUGAGCAUUGGUGAGGUUAGCACUGCCUUAGACGGUUCCAGUGGUGAGGGCGGGAUUGCUGACAAAGAAGAAAAGCAUUCUGAAGCUGCCGUUGUGUCAUCUGCAGAUGCACCUGAAAAGGAAGUAUCUUCUAAUUCGUUUGCUUUUGACAAUGCUAUUGUGACCAAUGAUGUUGUUGAGGGGGCAGAAGUUGCAUCGGAUUCCAUUACCAGAAAGAGCAGUGGAUCUAGGGGUACUAGUGUGAAGGAGGUUCAAUGGAGUGCAUUUCACACUGAUGCGGCUCAGCAAAGUGGCGGUGGGUUCGGGUCAUACUCAGACUUCUUUACCGUGUUGGGAGACAAUUCAGGAGAUCCAUUUGAAAAGGUGCAGGAUAAUCCAAGCGCUGAUUCUAAGGUCACGUCUACCGCUGAAGCAAGCACAGCCGCAGAUUUGACAUCUGUUAACCCCCUGCAGUAUCAAGAGGCUGAAACAUAUGGAAAUGCCACUGAACAGAUUACCAGUUGGCAGGGUUUUUAUGAUAACCAGAACUGGGAGAACCUCUAUCCUGGGUGGAAGUAUGACCCAAGUACUGGGGAGUGGCAUCAAGUAGAUGGUUAUGAUGCAACUGCGAAUAACCAGGUUGGUUUUGAAAGCAAGGCCACGGCUACUGGUGGAGAUGUUGUUUCAGACCAGAGAUCAGAGGUUUCUUAUCUACAGCAAACGACACAGUCUGUUGCAGGAACCAUGGCUGAGGGUUGUACAACUGGUACUGUCUCUAAUUGGAAUCAGGUGUCACAAGGAAGCACCGAGUAUCCCCCACAUAUGGUAUUUGAUCCUCAGUUCCCUGGUUGGUACUAUGAUACAAUAGCCCAAGAAUGGCGCCUCUUGGAGUCUUAUACCCAAGCUGCUCAGUCAACAAGUACAGAUAGUUUCCAUCAAAAUCAAAAUGAGAAUCCUUCAACUGGCAGUUUCCUCCCUGACAAAGACCACAAGCUACACCAGAAUUAUGACCAAUUUAAAUAUUUUGGAUCACAAGUCCUGCAUGGUAAUAACCAAGGUCAGGAUUGGGCAGGGUCUCCAAAUUACUACAGUCAACAAAAUGUGUGGCAACCUGAAGCUGCUGCUAAGAGUGAGUCUGUGGCUCGUGUUACUGAAAACCAGCAAACAGGAGGCUUGUAUGGUUCUGCUGGUCCUGUAAGUAAUUAUACUGCUCAACAAAAUAUGAAUGUGUGGCAACCUGAAGCUGUUGCUAAUAGUGAGUCUUUGGCUAGUUUUAGUGGAAACCAGCAAACAGGAAGCUUGUAUGGUUCUGCUGGUUCUGUAAAUAAUUAUACUGCUCAGCAUUUUGAAUCUGCUGGUGCAAUUCCUUUAUUUGAGCAAACAAGUCACAAUUAUGGUAGCACUAAUGGGGUGGUUGGAUUUCGAAGCUUUAUUCCUUCUGAGAACUCCUCUCAUCAGAUUAAUCAAAAAAAGAUGGAGCAGAGCCAACAGGUGCAUUUCUCAAAUGAUUACUAUGGCAGUCAGAAAUCAAAUUUCAUUCAGCAGCCGUUUCAGACGAGCUCACAGCAGUCUUAUAUUCCCCAUGAGGGGAGGUCAUCGGCAGGACGUCCCCCACAUUCGCUAGUUACUUUUGGGUUUGGUGGGAAACUCAUAGUCAUGAAAGAGAGCAGUUCUUUUGCUACCAACUCAGCAUAUGGAAGCCAGGACUCUAUAGGAGGCUCUGUUUCUCUACUUAACCUGAGUGAAGUUGUCAUGGAAAAAAUUAAUGCUACCACUACUGGGGUUGGUGCUUGUGAUUACUUCCGUACUUUGUGCCAACAAUCCCUUCCCGGCCCCUUGGUUGGUGGAAAUGUUGGAAGCAAAGAAUUAAGCAAAUGGAUUGAUGAAAGGAUCGCAUACUGUGAAUCACCCAAUAUGGACUAUAGAAAAGGUGAACUUUUGAGAUUGCUUCUCUCAUUGUUGAAAAUAGCUUGUCAGCAUUAUGGGAAAUUUCGAUCUCCUUUUGGCGCUGAUCCAGCACUGAAGGAAAGCGACCGUCCAGAAGCAGCAGUAGCUCAGCUUUUUGCAUCUGCUAAAAGAAAUGGUCUUCAAUCAAGUCAUUAUGGUGCCCUUACUCACUGCUUGCAGAACAUGCCGUCUGAAGGACAAAUUCGGGCAACUGCUGUUGAGGUACAAAACCUCCUUGUCUCUGGUAGAACAAAAGAGGCUCUUCAAUGUGCACAAGAAGGUCAGCUGUGGGGACCUGCGCUCGUUCUUGCCUCACAACUAGGCGAUCAGUUCUAUGUUGAUACUGUGAAGCAAAUGGCGCAUAACCAAUUAAUAGCAGGGUCACCUUUACGGACAUUAUGCCUAUUAAUUGCAGGGCAACCGGCCGAUGUGUUUUCAACAGACAGUGGAACUAAUAAUGGUGCACCCCAGAUUGGGUCCAACAGUAUGCUAGAUGACUGGGAAGAGAAUUUGGCCAUUAUAACUGCAAACCCAACGAAAGGUGAUGAGCUUGUAAUUAUUCAUCUUGGAGAUUGCCUGUGGAAGGAAAGAGGCGAGAUUUCUGCUGCUCAUACUUGCUACUUGGUCGCUGAUGCAAACUUCGAGUCAUAUUCGGACAGCGCAAGAUUGUGUCUCAUUGGUGCAGACCACUGGAAAUACCCCCGAACAUAUGCUAGCCCUGAGGCUAUUCAGAGGACAGAAUUAUACGAAUACUCAAAAGUGCUUGGGAACUCUCAGUCUAUCCUGCUACCAUUUCAGCCAUAUAAGCUUAUCUAUGCCCAUAUGCUGGCUGAAAUGGGGAAAGUUUCAGAUUCAUUGAAGUAUUGUCAAGCAAUACUGAAGUCUCUGAAAACUGGUCGAGCACCUGAAGUGGAGACAUGGAAACAGUUAGUAUCUUCUCUUGAGGAGCGUAUAAGAACGCACCAGCAGGGUGGAUACAGCAGUAACUUGGCUCCAGCAAAGCUGGUGGGUAAAUUGCUCCCAUUCAUUGACAGAUCCAUUCAUCGUAUGAUUGGGGCUACACCGCCACCUAUGCCAUCAACAUCACAGAGCAGUUUUCAGAAUAAUGAGCACGAUCAUCCUCCAGUCGGCACAAGAAUAGCAAAUAGUCAAUCAACAAUGGCCAUGUCAUCGUUGAUGCCCUCAGUAUCAAUGGAGCCUAUAAGUGAAUGGAAAGGUGACAAUAGAAUGAUGCCCAAUAGAAGCAUUUCUGAGCCAGACUUUGGCAGGACUCCAAGACAGGUUGAUCCAUCGAAGGAAGGAGCCUCUCAUGCACGAGGCAAAUCGUCAGUCUCUGGUGGACCAUCUCGCUUUGGUCGAUUUGGCUCACAGAUCCUCCAGAAGACCAUGGGGUGGGUUGCAAAAUCUCGCCCAGAUCGACAGGCUAAACUGGGAGAACAGAAUAAAUUCUAUUAUGACGAAAAGCUUAAGCGAUGGGUGGAGGAAGGCUCUGAUCCUCCAGCUGAAGAAGCAGCCCUGCCACCCCCACCACAAACUGCCAGUUUCCAGAACGGAAUGUCAGAUUACAACAUAAAAAAUGCUUUAAAAAGUGAAAGCUUGCCUACUAAUGGAGGGCCCGAAUUCAAAAGCCCAACUCAAGAGCGUAGUCCAGGGAUCCCACCCAUCCCACCUGGUUCCAAUCAAUUCUCAGCUCGUGGACGAAUGGGAAUUCGAUCAAGGUAUGUUGACACCUUCAAUAAAGGUGGUGGUACCCCAGCAAACUCGUUCCAAUCAGCUUCUGUUCCAGCUGCAAAACCUGCAGCUGGUGCAAAUGCCAAAUUUUUCAUUCCAACACCCAUAGCCUCGGGUGUACCAACAGACAAUGCAAUAGAAGGCAUGCACGUAACUGCAGCGACGAAGGACGAUCCUUCAACAUCCGUUGCAUCAGAGUCAUCGAUCUCGUCAACACCAUCGUUACCAUCACCACCUAUGCAACGGUUCCCCAGCAUGGGUGACAUCACCCCUACAAACGCGGGGGUGGGAGCUAAUGAAAAUGGUAAUGGAUCUCUUGCUCACCGCUCACGGCGAACAGCAUCAUGGAGUGGAGGGAUUUCCAAUACAUUUGAUACUCCCAAGACAACUGAAAUAAAGCCUCUAGGAGAGACAUUGGGCAUGCCACCAUCAAUGUUUAUGCCUAGUGAUCCUUCUCAAAUGCGCAUGGCCAUGAAUGGUGUCAGUUUGGCGGAUGACCUCCAGGAAGUGGAACUGUGAGCUACAUUGCUAAAGAUGUAAAUCUCGUUGUUGCUUCUCUGUGAUCUCGUCAGGUCAGCACAUACCUCACUUUCCUUCCCCAAAAAAAGAUAUUUGGUUGAGCAGUGGGAUUGGGAUUUCAUACAGGGAAAUUGGUGCUCUGAUUUUUGAUGAAAAGUGCUUAGCUCGCUACAGUUUUCUGUAUGCUUGGACCAGGGCUGGUUUGGAUGUCCCGGGAGCUGCAACCAUCCAAUGUGGGGGAGUUGGUGUCCUUUACAAGGCAAAGAGGACAUGCUUCGGCACAGAUGUACAGUUCAUUUGUUGAUUUAUUGAAUAAGAAUCAUUGUUUAUUUUUGUUUUUUGUGGUGGCCCUUUGAGGAAGAUAGAGGAGAAGCCUAAGAAAGAGCACCCCAUAUGCUAUUUCUCUUGGGGUGAAAGCUUGCUGAAAUUGCGAAAGUAAGUUGUUUUUGUUCUUUUUAUGGCUUCCAAAAUGCAUAUUAAUUUACAAA